CUUCAUUACUCAUACAAAAUAUAAGCGCUUGUGGAAGACACAACGAUUUCUCCCACCAGCAUGGAAAGAAAAGCCUAGUCCUAUUAAAGCUAAUUGCCAAGCUCUCAUUCAUGUUCAGGGAGUCAGUAAUUUUGUUCCUUGGUUCUGGGUUGGCAGCAGCUGAUGCUGUGUCACUGGGGCUCCCGCUAAUAGUUUUGAAACUGAUUUCAGUGGAAGUUUUGCAACCCUGAUCUCUGAGGGUUGGACCUUUACUGGUUAACUGCUCUGGUAAGAAAUUGUGUAUAUGCUUAUUUACAGCAUGUCCGUUUUCAGCCCUUUCAGGAUUCACAGAAAGAGAAAGAGGAACAGCAACAGCAACAACAAAGCUGACCAUGCCUUUGGUCAACAAAAAGGUAUAAUGCAAUAGAGAAGGACCACAGACUUGCUGAAUUGACAAUAAUGCUAGAUAAACAGGGAUGAAAUUACAAAGUAGUUUAAAUUCUCAUAAGGAUUGGUACCCAAGAUUAAGGAACAACUUCCAGAAAAAGAUGAUGUCCGUAAUGCUAACAAGCAUAGCGCUUCUGCAAGGGAGGGAACGAGGGAGGGAGGAAAGCAAGAGAUAAUUCUCAAAUCAGCCCUCCCGACCUCCACAGAUAAGCAUCAGGUUGCAUAAAGAACAACUUGCAUUUUAAAAUAAGAGCUUGAAAAAACUACGUAUUUCUUACUGGUAUAUUAUAGAGAUAAACAUGGUUUCAGAUGCAUUGGUAUUUAUUAAAACUACAAAAUCUUAGGAAAACUAUCUAGCAUCAGAAUCUUUUAAUUUUUGUUUAUUGGAUUUUUGGCCCAUCCUGUUUAUAAUCCUUAUGAAUCUCAACCUUUUGGAUAACUCUGCCAGAUGCGAUUUUUUUCCCAGACUGAACUGACCUGGAUAAGCGACAUGGACAACAGCACUGCCGAAACUCCGCGUGUGGCUGGAGCAUUUAAUGAGACUUUCUCCACACAGUCACCGAGCUCCGGGUUUUCACUGGGCGUGUUGGUGCUGCUGGCCUUCCUCAUGGUGUUGCUAGCUCUGGUCACCAUCCUCGGGAACGUCUUGGUGAUCCUUGCUUUCAUCAUGGACAGAAACCUCAGGCAUCGGAGUAACUAUUACUUUCUCAAUCUCGCCAUUUCUGACUUUGCAGUGGGUGCAUUCUGUAUGCCUUUGUACAUCCCUUACGCCCUGACAGGGAUGUGGCACUUCGGAAGAGGCCUGUGCAAGCUCUGGCUAGUUAUGGACUAUCUCGUGUGCACAGCUUCAGUGUUUAGCAUCGCCCUUAUCAGCUACGACCGUUUCCUGUCAGUUACUAAAGCUGUGUCUUACAGAGCCCAGCAGGGAAUAACGUCCAACCCUGUCAUCAAGAUGGUGGCCAUCUGGGUCUUUGCCUUCCUCCUCUACUGCCCGGCAAUCAUCUUUUGGGAGCAUGUGGCUGGACACAGCGUGGUACCGGCAGAUCAGUGCUACGCUGAGUUCUUCCACAACUGGUACUUCCUCCUUUGUGCAUCCACCCUGGAGUUCUUUGUGCCGCUGCUCUCAGUGACCUACUUCAACGUGCACAUCUUCCACAACAUCCGGAGGCGCCAGCGGCUCGGCAGCACGCAGGACUGCGAGCCUCCAAAGAGUGACAGCCUGUCCUGGAGAUUUUGCUUCUUGCCAAGGCCAGGAACAUCAUCAACUCCGUCGGAAGCAGAGGACAGUGUUUCAUCAUUAACAAGGUCGUGGAGACCAGCAGUCAUGGCUAACUGCCCACCUCCACCACAAAUGAGUCCCACCGCUCUCAAAAGGGACUUCUCUGUUUCUUUCCGUUCAAGGACCGGGUCAAAACUGCAGCAGGACAAGAAAAUUGCAAGGUCACUUGCCAUAAUUGUAUGUGUGUUUGCCAUUUGCUGGGCCCCGUACACUUUACUAAUGAUUAUUCGUGGGGCCUGCAAAGGAAAGUGCAUCCAUAACUCCUGGUAUGAAAUAACUUUUUGGCUUUUGUGGAUCAAUUCAUCUUUGAACCCGUUUCUUUACCCUCUCUGUCAUAUGAGGUUUCGAAUGGCUUUUAUGAAAAUAUUAUGUCCCAAAAUGUUUGCAACAUUGAGAUCACGUAACACACCUUCUCUUUAGAGAGUUAAAAUAAAUGACUUGCAGAUAAGGUUCCUCUCUUAUUUAGCGCUAUUUUUUUUGUAUGUAUCUUCAACAGAAAUAGAGCAAAAACUUUUUUUUACUAAUGACAUUGGUUAAGAGUGCAGCAGAGGUAGGUAUUUGCUCUGAUUCUGCUGGUUUUCAGGAUCUUAUUUUUGUUUUUGCUGGUGUGAUGCCAGGUUAAACACCACCUAGUGCACUGAAAGGAAUACCAA